AUGUUAAAAUUUUCAGCUCUCGCUGCUCUUGUGGCCGCCGUGCCUAGCUACAAGACUUCUGAAAUCAAGAGCACAGAGAGAGGAGUCGAGGUUCCCGGUGAAAAUGGAUGGACAGUGACUUGUCGAAUCGAACUCGACAAUCCUCCAGCUUUCUCGCUCAUCGACGGUGAUGAUCUUUUCUACACUACUUUUGCCAUCGGCCCUGGUGAUGCUGUCUACAGAAUCAAAAACUGGAUUAGCCAAUGCGGCGCGAAACCUGUUGCUGAAAAGCUUUUCACUGAGUUUCCCUGGCCUAACGCCAUCCAGCCAGUUCCAGAAGCUCUUUACGGCCCUCGAUGGUUCUCAGUCUCUUCGGGCUUCUUUCCCAAUUCAAAGAACGACGGCUGUGUUGCUGUUUUUAACGCGGACACUUUGGAGAUGCACUACAUGACGCCUGGUUGCAAGCAUCUGCAGGGCGAACAUCCAAGCUUCUUCUACCACAAGGUGGAGUGGCACGAUAUGGACCAGGACGGAGAUUUGGAUAUGCUCACUGCUCGAUGCCUCAACGACGGGCCAAUUACGCCAAUUAAUCAGACUCUUCUUUGGUUCGAAAAUGACGGUAGCUUUCCCAGCAACAUCAAAUUAUGGAAAGAGCAUGAAAUUGCUGCUGGUAAUAACACCGCGGAUGUUUUCUUUGACACGACUUACUUGACCCGACCAGGAACAACUAAGGAGCAGCUUGUCAUUGCCGUCUCUGGAUUCUACUCUCAACAACUUGAGCUUAUUUGGACUGAAGACGCUGACGACGACUGGCUCUACGUCUCUAAGCAUCGAUCUAUCAUUGUCGAUGAUGCUGGCUGGUACUUCGAAGUUGAAUUCCACGAUGUCAACGGCGAUGGCAAGAAAGAGAUGCUGACGACCACCUGGUCUCGAAGCGACGAAAACGGAGCUCUUUAUACCUACUCUCUCAACUCUGCUGACUGGCGAAAUCCCGACAGCUGGUUCCGACACGACAUCUACACUCGAUUCCCUCGAUUUUUGAAUGCUGGAUUUGGAUCUCCAGGAGGCUUUGCUACUGGGACGAAAAAGUCUGGCGAAAAACGAGAAACGAUCUGGGUUUCUGGCGAUGAUGACGGGCAGGUCUACCAACACACUCCACUUUCUGAUCUUGCUCAAAACUGGAGAUACGAAACCGUUCCUAUCUACAAGACCGAUGAUGAUCUCGGCUUCGCAACUCUUACUGGCGCUACAAUUGGACAAAUUCAAGCCAUCGACUACAACAAAGAUGGUUCCACUGACAUUCUCAUUCCAAACUACACUAGAAACGAGAUGAUUAUUUUAGAGCAAUGUGGUAUCAAUUGCGAGAUUUAG